GAAGCUCUUUUAGGAUCAGUCCGUAAAAUGGGUGACGAGGAUGUUGCAGCGUUAGUUAUUGACAAUGGAUCUGGAAUGUGUAAAGCUGGAUUUGCCGGAGACGAUGCCCCCAGAGCAGUGUUUCCCUCCAUCGUGGGGCGCCCCAGACAUCAGGGUGUUAUGGUCGGCAUGGGACAGAAGGACAGCUAUGUAGGAGACGAGGCCCAGAGUAAGAGAGGUAUCCUCACCCUCAAAUACCCCAUUGAACACGGCAUCGUCACAAACUGGGACGACAUGGAGAAGAUCUGGCAUCAUACCUUCUACAAUGAACUUCGUGUGGCCCCCGAGGAACACCCUGUCCUUUUAACUGAAGCCCCACUCAACCCAAAGGCCAACAGAGAAAAGAUGACACAGAUUAUGUUCGAAACCUUUAACUCUCCUGCCAUGUACGUUGCUAUCCAGGCCGUUCUCUCUUUGUAUGCUUCCGGUCGUACAACUGGAAUUGUACUCGACUCUGGAGACGGUGUUACCCACACAGUACCCAUUUAUGAAGGUUACGCCCUUCCCCACGCUAUUUUGAGAUUGGAUCUUGCUGGACGUGAUCUGACUGAUUAUCUCAUGAAAAUCCUCACAGAACGUGGUUACUCUUUCACGACCACAGCCGAAAGAGAAAUCGUUAGAGACAUUAAAGAGAAAUUGUGCUAUGUUGCUCUGGACUUUGAGCAGGAAAUGGCAACAUCUAUUUCAUCAUCAUCUUUGGAAAAGAGUUACGAACUUCCUGAUGGCCAGGUCAUCACGAUUGGAAAUGAGCGAUUCAGGUGUCCUGAAGCCAUGUUCCAACCUUCUUUCCUUGGAAUGGAAUCUGCUGGUAUUCAUGAAACAACAUUCCACGGCAUUAUGAAAUGCGACGUUGAUAUCCCCAUGUACGUUGCUAUCCAGGCUGUACUAUCUUUAUAUGCUUCCGGUCGUACAACUGGAAUUGUACUCGACUCUGGAGACGGUGUCUCGCAUACAGUACCCAUUUAUGAAGGUUACGCCCUUCCCCACGCUAUUCUAAGAUUGGAUCUUGCUGGACGUGAUCUGACUGAUUAUCUUAUGAAAAUCCUCACAGAACGCGGUUACUCUUUCACAACCACAGCUGAAAGAGAAAUCGUUAGGGAUGUUAAAGAGAAACUGUGCUAUGUUGCUUUGGACUUUGAACAGGAAAUGGCAACAGCUGCGUCAUCAUCAUCUUUGGAAAAGAGUUACGAACUUCCUGAUGGCCAGGUCAUCACGAUUGGAAAUGAACGAUUCAGGUGUCCUGAAGCCAUGUUCCAACCUUCUUUCCUUGGAAUGGAAGCUUCUGGUAUGCAUGAAACAACAUUCAACAGCAUUAUGAAAUGCGACGUUGAUAUCCGCAAGGACUUGUACGCUAAUACAGUUUUGUCUGGUGGUUCAACCAUGUUCCCAGGUAUUGCUGACCGUAUGCAGAAAGAAAUCGUUGCUUUGGCUCCGAGCACAAUGAAGAUCAAGAUAAUCGCUCCACCAGAGAGGAAAUAUUCCGUCUGGAUCGGAGGUUCUAUUCUAGCUUCACUUUCCACCUUCCAACAAAUGUGGAUCAGCAAGCAAGAAUAUGACGAAUCUGGCCCCUCCAUUGUGCAUAGAAAGUGCUUCUAGGGACUACUGAACUUCAGUUUAAAAUCAUUACAUGUAUCAUAUGCUUCCUUUACUAGUUUUUUAUGACUGAAACAUAAAUAAGCUUUAAUU